UUUACCUGCGCCAAAACUUAUUUUAUACCGUACAUAUUUUGUGAUCAUUUGCGUGGUUAUUAGUAUCAGAAGAAAAUUCUCAAACUAAUUCCUUUUUCAAACGCCAAGAUGACAUCUCAAACAGAAAAUUUGAAAACAAAUGAAUUUCAACGACGGAGAAAGCUUAGACUUCAACAGGUACGUGAGCAAUCAAAAGAUAUUGCUAAGAAAAUAAGACAGCGUGCUAAACUUGAAAAGUUGAAACAGGCGUCAGACUUCGACGUUUUCAAACAAAGGGAAUAUUUAAUGAAACAAGGAGAACUAGUCAAACAAUUAGAGGUGUUGUACUCAAAAGGAAUAGAAAAUGUAGGAUCUAGUCAUAGGAGUGCCUUAGAAGAUCGACCUGAUGUGGUUCCAAAGAAAUUAGAUCUAACAAAAGUACGUGCGAGGGAAGCAGCCUCAAAAUUAAGAAGAGCAAAACAGGAAAAGUUAGAUGAACAAAAAAGAAUAUUAGACAGAAAAUUACAAGCCCGCGAGGUAGCUAAUGAACUAAGCAGAGAUAAAACUAUUAAAGCGUCAAAGAAACCUUCAGAGACACAUCUUCAAAGUACUGAAAUGGAAGAACCGUCUAAAGAUGCACAGCCAGUAGCUCAGGAACAAGAGAAACCAAGCAGAAAUGAUAUUGCCACUCAAUGGGAAAUGGAAGAACCAUCAACUGAAUUAGAACACAACAUUCCAACAUUAACUUUGAUGGACGAUAAAGACACUCCCACUGAACUUAAUAAUAAUAUGCCACAGAAAUCUGACAAUAGCAAGAGGUUAGAUCUCUUUGCAUUGAGUGAGGGUAUGCCGUUGAGUCUUCGUGGAAGUGUCGUCAAUGAAGAAAGAGUUUCAGUUAAGGAAUCUGUAAAUAUAGUUUCAGAAUUUUUGAGGAAUAGAGCUAUGCGUUUGAGAGAAACCGAUCAUAUUAGCAGUUUAAACAAAAGUCAAUGCGGUGAUUUAGUUGGUGUGAAGGAAACUAUUCUACGUACAAGAUCAUCAAGAACUGAAGGUAAGAAUUUAAGCAAUGAAAGGUUAUUAAGAACUAGUGCAACAGCCAGUGGUUCUACUGGGAAAAAAUUUAUAACCAUGUAUGAUCAUUCCACACGAGAUGCCAGAAGUAUACCUGUUGUUAAUAAUGAUGAACAGUAUGUAACAAGGGAUCGUGAGACUGAGGAAGAUGCAUAUGUUAAAGCGAUGAGAGAAUCAAAUGUUGAUAAUUCGAAAAGUAGAGAGAACAAAGAACAAACAAGAAUUAAGAAUAUAAGAAACAGAGUAGCAAUGACAAAGGAAUCAGUGGAGAAAGAAUAUAAAGAUACCAUGAAUUUUUUGAAAUCACUACCAAAAGACAUGAAUCAACCAACCAGGAGCUCCUAUAUGGACGAGAAUCGUCAGCAGCUGCAGCAGGAGAGACGACAACACAAGAUGCAAUGUGAAUUCAGAAAAAUACAAAGGGAAUGUAGCAGACAUAAAAAAACAAAUGGACGAAGGAACUCAAAAUCACCAAUCAACAACUUUGAAAGUGGUGACUUUCAAUAUUCUUGGAUGCCAGUGCCCGAAAGUGACAAUAACCUUGCUAUUCAUACGAUCCCAACAUCUGUUAGAGAAGGAAAAGUUGGGAACACAGUAAAGUUUAGCAAAGUAGACAGCUAUCAUGAGUACAGAUCACGACACAAACACACUCCGCCUACUAAAGAUAUUAGUAAAGAAAAUCAAGCCACUAGAAGAAUUGAAGAUUUGAUAGUUGAUAAUGAUGUUAGCGACACUACCGAGACUUCCUCAGUUACAUCGAAUGUCAGUUCAUCUGAAAACAUCAGGAUUCAGCCAAAAAAAACGAACGUGCAAAACGAGAGUGAAAUUUCUGAGGCCGAUAGGAUUAUUAUUUAUAAAAUUUUGGAUUCUAGAAAAAACAAAAAUUUCAAGAAGAAUAAUAAGCUAUUGACUGAAAUCAAACAAUCUUUAGGAUCGAAUGUUUGUAGUAAAAAACCUGUACCAAGUACAACCGAUGAACCUGAAGAAAAAGAUUCAGCAGAACAUGUAGAUGAAGGUGUAUACGAACCAGUAAACGAUAAAGGGAAUCUUCAAAAGACCAAUCAGAAUGCUUCACACAAACCAGAAGGAAGUAAAGUUUGCCAAUGUAGCAAAAAAUCGAAAGACAUGGAAGGAGCUGCUAAUCAUUGGGAUAUCAGUGAUUCAUCAAACAGAACAUCAAAUCUAUGCGUGGCUUGUAAAUGUGCGUGCUCUAAGUCAAAGGCCAGACAAAGUCCUCCCCCGCCACUACCAUCAGCAGCGACGUCCACUACAUCCUUCAAAUCAGCAACCAACGCGGCAAAUAAUACCACUCCAGAUUCUGGAUUUAUCAAACUCAUAGAAACCGGUGGCCACGAAGCAGGGCAAUUUUACAUUGGAGCUUCAGGAUUUCUAAAAAACGAUAAUUAUGAAGUGGUCAUACAGUUGAGAAAGAAAUACGACGAGAACAAACUUGAAGAAAAAACAGAGUCAACGGAAGUAAAACAAAAUACGAAGGAGACACAUCUUGAACCAGAGGCAGCCGCAGAAGAUAACGCCCAGUCUGAGAGGGAAGUAAGUGCUGUCCAACAUUCCAAUAUGGAUAAGUCUGACGCAGUGACAAAAGCUUCAGAGAUUAAUGUAAAUAAAGACGACGUUUUCCCAGUUCUUCCUCCGGAUACAGUUACUGAAGCAGGACAAAACGACAUCGCCUCGAAUCAGGCUGAUUCACCUAAAGCUUCGCUUUGUGAUAAAGGCGUAGAAACUUCUUUUAAAUUGUCUUAUGUGAUGCCAAGUAAUGCGCCGAAAACAGACCCUGGGCUCCGACCAGGAACCUCGACGUAUACUCAAACAAGCUUCAGCUCUCCGAAUAAUAGACCAGUAUUUUUUCAUAUGAGUUCUUCCACGUCUACCGCUUACAUGAGUCCACCUGAAUUAAUCCUACCCAGAUGUCUGAAACGUGGACAUUGUAAACACAAAGAACGAUUCUAUGAGUCGUCUCGUGUUCAAAGUCGGGAAAAACUUGAACAUUACGAUCAACAUCAUUAUAACGAUCAUAACGAAGAAUACAGUUGCAGCUGUAAAAGAUGUAUACAGAUUCCCAAUAAAAGAAUGUCACGGAAAUCCAGAGAUUCUGUAUGUUAUAAGGAUUGUACUAAAUCUAAACAUACUCCUUCGAAUACGUCUAGCUGCCUGAGCUCACAUAGGCACAAAAAAUGUGCAAAGAAAUCAUCGUCAACAAAAUUCAAUAAAAACGAGAAUCAAGUUUCUGGAAACUCUAAAAAAUGUCUUAACAGACAUAAUACAGAUAAUGUAACUAAAAAGCCUUUGCAAUCUGUAUAUAACUUGAAAUAUAAAGACAGGCCUACAUUUGUUCAAACCAACUUAAACCCCGUAAUAAAAAGUUACGUAAGCAAAUUGUUGACUUUAAAUAGGGAAGGAUUAAAAGCUGUUGAGGUAGUCAAUCAAGAUUGCAGUUCUGUAGCCACACCAGGAAGCUCCAUCGUCAAUGAGCCAAAAAACAUCAACCGAACUAAAAGCGCGGAGACUCAAAUAUCUUUAGAACAAAUAAAACAUAUAGUAAAACAAAAAUUUUUGAAUGAAAAUAAGAAUUUUCCACCACCAAAUGAAUGUAUCAUGGGAGAUUUUCAGAAGAGUCCAUUGAAACAAAAGCCAAAACUGUGUCGGAAGAAAAUCGUACACAAGGUGAAAUCUUUCAACGUUUCAAAGAAUUUGAAGCCCAAGGCAACACGAGUAACACAGGUGUCUAUGGAAAAACUUGCUAUUAGCUCGUCUACAUCUUCUAUGAAAGACGAUACGGAGACAUCAAACAAAGAUAAACCUAGCAGCAAACCAACACAAAUUACAAGAAAAAUAGAAACUGGUGGUUCUGUAUUCAAACCAAGUCAUUCAAAUCUGCGAUGUGAAGAAACGAACAAAAAUAAUAAAGAGGAGAAAAGAAAUAAUAAAGUAUCUUUAUCUACUAACGUAAAACUACAGGGUCAACAGAACAAGAUUAAAAAUAAUAUGCCUAUAACAGAUCAAUCCCGAUUUAAUACGCGGCCUUGUGAUUGGGUGCUUGACGAAUCUAAACAAAACAAAUGUGAAAUUCCGAUGACCACUGGAACUCAAACUGUUAACGAAGAUUUAACAUACGUAAAAUUAGCUGUCGAUAAACUUCAGAAUAUGGAGAAGAUUGCUGACCUAACUGAAAAAUGUACUAAACGUCUAUCAAACUUGGCUAAAGUGUUAGAGGAAGUAAGGAAAAAUAAGUCACUGGUUUACAGCCAAAUCUCGUCCUCAGAUAACACUUCUGGUUCAGAACACAGAAAUGAAAAAAUGUUAAACAGUAAAUCUCCACCGUACACACAAUCUGACGAAGAUAAUGAAUUACAGAAUAACCAAGUCUUCUUAGGAACUAAAUCUGUAUCAUCUAAAGAUACAACUAUAAGUUCAACUGAAUAUAUCCCGUUUUUAAAUGAUAUUCCAAAACCGCCACCAACUUCCUUUGACUCAGGCGACACGCAUCUUUCGGUAUCGCCAGUUGUAAAGUUGCCUGUAAAUUUUGAUUCACAUUUACUAUCCAGCUUGGAGGUAAAUAUCAAAACAAGAGCGAAACCACCUCCUGCGCUUUCGAGGAUUCAUUUGAAACAUGGCAACGAUCAUAUAAUUCCUCAUGAAUUAUCAACAGUUUUAGAAGUUGACUCACCCAUGAGUCUCAAAUUAAAAAACCAAUCGAACAACAAGAGCGAGAUUCCUGUCAGUUCAGGAAAUGCAGAAAAAGUAGAGUCUAAACAUGAAACUUUAAGCAGUUCCCAAAAUAGAGAAACAUUGGUAGAUCCUGAUUUAUUAAAAAGUAAUUUGGAAGUUCCUAAUCAUAAAAUUAAAUUGCCCCGCAACAAUGAAUUGUCAGACGUCUCUAAAGUACAGAUGAUGGAUUUAAAACAGUUCAAUGAGAUUAUGUUAAAGCCAUUCAUAACAUUUCAAGAACAUGCCAAGCAAUGUAAUAUUUUACAUAGCGAUUUUGGUAGUGAAAUUGCUAAAGAAAUAGUUACUGAUGAAAUUAGUUCUCUUCACUCUGAUGGCAGUUUACCAGAUGUUAUAGCUGAAUUGCUCAAAAGGAACGUUAUAAGUGAACCAUUCAAAUAUGAUACAGUUUCGAACAUUAAUUCCACUUCGAUAUCAUCUGAAUCUACGAUGUCUGUUUUAGCAUUGUCAAAAACUAGAAAGGAUAAAAAGAAGUCAAGCGUUAUGUUUAACACUAAAGAAAAUGCGGCCGAAACAUCAGAUUCAUUAAGCGUUUCAUCAAAUCCAGAUUUAGAGAAAGCGUUUAAAAAUUUAGGAAUGGGCUGGGCGUCUUCUACUUUAAAAAAGACAAAAGAAAGGUUGGCUCUUUCAUCAUCAAGUAAUACGUCCAGUUCUAGUUUAUCUCAAUUCAAAAUAAAGAGUUUUAAUAACCACGAAAUACCAGCGUUAGUGACUGAUUCGGUGUCGUCCAUUUUAAAUUCGUCAAAAAACACGAAACAAAAAUGUGUUGUACCAGAAACCUCGAACGUCGAGCAACAGACAUCUUUAAUAAAUUCAAUUACCGUGAAAGACUUUUUGAAAAAUGAACUAGCCAAGAAAAUAACUUUUACCAAUAAGACUUACAAAGAUGAUUCAGAAGAAUUUGUAUCGUUGUUUGACACUAAAAUCCCUGAAGGUAUGAAACAUGAUUCUGACAAUACCCGUGAACAGCCUUCGAUGGACAGCAUUCCGAGUGGAAACAACCGAGCACGUACAUCAACCCCUGUACAAGUUUACAAGUCGAUGACAUACCAAUCUAGUUCAACUUCAAACUUGUCCAACGGCCUAUUUAGUAAUGCCGACGACCUGUCUUCGGUAAAAGGCACAUCGAAUUCCAUGAAAAAUCAUUCCGCAUCAGAAAAGGACGACUUACUAAUUCCAAAACUAAGUUUGAAGACGAAGAUGAGUUCAUCGGAUAGUAGUAAAAGUGAUUAAUUGUUGUAUUACAUAUUUAUUUUCUGUAUCCAUGUAAUUUGUGCAAAUAUAUUUUAUUUUUGAUGAAUUAUGUUCUAUAAAGAUUUUCAAUACAUUUUAGCAAUACAUUUUUAUUAACUAUCCAACUGAAAAUUAAAAAUGAGCUCAUGCUAUACAAAAUGAGCACAUUCAUUUCAUGAAUACAAUAUUUACAUGUAUAUACUUGGCUGUAGAUAUAGUUGUAGACAAGUAUAGGGCAUAUUCUCUGGAGUUGCUUUGUUACUAUAUUUGUUUUUUUGUGUGCAUUUAUGUACUAUUCUUGUGGCACUACCUACCUAGUACCCAGUGUAGUCUAGUACAAUCUUCAUGUCGGCUUUCAAGUUGU